UCUGAUCAUAUGGGUGCUAAUGUAUCUUCCAUUGACACAAAUUGUGAUGAUGGGUUGAAUUAUCUGCCAUUUAAGCCUAAGCUUGAUGAUAUACCAGAGGCUUGUGUUGCUCUUCUACUUUCAUACCUUGAUCCACCUGAGAUCUGCAAGUUAUCACGUAUUAAUAGGGUGUUUCAUGCUGCUUCAUCUGCUGAUUUUAUUUGGGAACCCAAAUUGCCCUCUAAUUAUAACUAUAUUCUUCAACAAUUGCUUGCCCUCAAAGUUGAUGAUGCCUUAUGUAAAAAGGACCUUUUUGCUAAGCUUUCUUCUCCCAGGUCCUUUGAUGAUGGCACAAAGCAAGUAUGGAUUGACAAGAAGAAUGGAGGGGUUUGUUUGGCAAUUUCAUCUAAAGGAAUGGCAAUUACCGGCAUCGAUGAUCGCAGAUACUGGAAUCACAUUCCGACCGAUGAAUCAAGAUUCCAAACUGUAGCUUAUCUUCAACAAAUCUGGUGGCUUGAAGUCGAUGGGGAUCUCGAGUUCCAAUUCCCAGAAGGGACAUAUAGCCUCUUCUUCAGACUUCAGCUUGGUAAGGCGACAAAGAGGCACAAACGUCGUGGCUGUAGCUAUGAGCAUGUUCACGGCUGGGACUUAAAACCUGUCCAGUUUCAGUUAACAACAGGGGAUGAUUGUCGUGUGACAUCCCGGUGUUAUCUGGACAAUUUAGGAACUUGGAUGCAGCACCAUGUAGGAGAUUUUGUUGUUAAGGAUGCCACUGUUCCAACAAAGAUGAAAUAUUCAUUGACACAGAUAGAUUGUACACAUACAAAAGGUGGUCUGUGCGUUGAUUCUGUGUUAAUAUGCCCUAGUAGCUUAGCUAAACAAUUAACUUCUUGUUGAUUGCUUUACAGCCAUUAGUUUUGUAUAUACUCCGUUUUCUCC